AUGGCGACGCGGGGCCAUGUGCAGGACCCGAACGACAGGCGCCUCCGACCCAUUUACGAUUAUCUUGAUAAUGGUAAUAAUAAAAUGGCAAUUCAGCAAGCAGAUAAACUAUUGAAGAAACAUAAGGAUCUUCAUUGUGCUAAGGUUCUAAAGGCAAUUGGUUUGCAGAGAACUGGAAAGCAAGAAGAAGCAUUCACCUUGGCACAGGAGGUGGCAGCCCUUGAGCCUACAGAUGACAACUCGCUACAGGCGCUGACAAUUCUUUACCGGGAGAUGCACCGGCCGGAGUUAGUUACAAAACUUUAUGAGGCAGCUGUGAAGAAAGUUCCCAACAGUGAGGAGUAUCACUCUCACCUCUUCAUGGCCUAUGCCAGAGUCGGCGAAUACAAGAAAAUGCAGCAGGCUGGCAUGGCUCUGUAUAAGAUUGUCCCCAAAAACCCUUACUACUUUUGGUCUGUGAUGAGCUUAAUUAUGCAAUCCAUAUCGGCUCAGGAUGAGAACCUUUCAAAAACAAUGUUUCUACCCCUUGCUGAGAGAAUGGUAGAAAAAAUGGUGAAAGAGGACAAGAUAGAAGCCGAGGCUGAAGUUGAACUUUAUUAUAUGAUCCUGGAACGUUUGGGAAAAUACCAGGAAGCCUUGGAUGUCAUCCGAGGGAAGUUAGGAGAGAAGCUGACCAGUGAAAUUCAGUGUCGGGAAACUAAGUGCAUGGCUAUGUACAAGAAGCUGAGCCGGUGGCCAGAGUGCAAUGCCUUGUCUAGGCGCCUUCUCCUGAAAAACUCAGAUGACUGGCAGUUCUAUUUGACUUACUUCGAUUCUGUCUUUCAACUGAUUGAAGAGGCCUGGACCCCUCCCGCUGAAGGUGAACACUCUUUAGAAGGAGAAGUACAUUAUUCUACUGAAGAAGCUGUGCAGUUUAUAGAAGACCGGAUAACAGAAGAAUCUAGAAGUGCCCGCCACCUCCGAGGACCACAUCUGGCCAAACUGGAGCUGAUUAGGCGUUUACGGCGUCAAGGCUGUAACAAUGAGUACAAACUGGGUGAUCCAGAAGAAUUAAUGUUUCAGUAUUUUAAAAAGUUUGGGGAUAAGCCUUGCUGUUUUACAGACCUCAAGGUGUUUAUUGACCUCUUGCCUGCUGCACAGUGUACAAAGUUCAUCAAUCAGUUACUCGGAGUGGUCCCUUUGUCAGCGCCCACAGAGGAGAAGUUGGCACUGCCUGCUGACAUCAAGGCUCUGCAGCAGCAUUUGUGUGUGAUUCAACUGACAAGGUUGCUUGGCUUGUACCACACUAUGGACAAAAGUCAGAAAUUGAAUGUAGUCAGAGAAUUGAUGCUCAGGUACCAGCAUGGACUAGAAUUUGGCAAGUCCUGUUUGAAAACCGAACUACAGUUUUCAGACUACUAUUGUCUCCUUGCUGUCCAUGUGCUUAUUGAUAUAUGGAGAGAAACCGUUUUGACCCGAUAUGCUGGAUCCUUAGGUCAGUANGCUGCUGCAUCCCAAUCCUGUAACUUCGCACUCAGGUUUUUCCACUCUAACCAGAAAGAUACCUCAGAAUAUAUUAUUCAAGCUUACAAAUAUGGUGCAUUUGAGAAGAUCCCAGAGUUUAUCGCUUUUAGGAACAGGCUGAAUAAUUCUCUUCACUUUGCACAAGUCCGAAUUGAACGGAUGCUAUUAGACCUCCUCCUGGAAGCAAACAUAUCAACCAGCUUAGCAGAAAGUAUAAAGGCAAUGAAUCUUAGGGAUGUUUCUGAAGAACACAAGGGACUUUCCUUGGAGGAGGAGACUGUGUGGCUAAGAAUCCGCUCCUUAACAUUGAGGCUCAUCAGUGGACUGCCCAGCCUGCACCACCCCAUCGAGCCAAAGAAUUCAGAGAAGACCACCGAGAACGGCAUAUCCUCCCGGAUCGACAUUCUGCGCUUGCUCCUUCAGCAGUUGGAGGGGGCCCUGGAUACAGGAAAGCGAUUUAUUGAGAAGCAAAUUCAGUACCCUUUCCUUGGCCCUGUGCCUACCAGAAUGGCUGGAUUCUUCCAUUCUGGCUGUCCGCAGUGCCAGACCCGCUCUUUUCAUCUUGUUAGUGAUGUUUUUGACCUGGAUACCAAUGGUGUAGAGGAUACAACAGAGAUCCAAGAGCGAAUAGAGAAUAGCCUUAAGUCCUUACUAGAACAGUUAAAAGAUGUCUUCAGUAAGUGUAAAGGUGACCUCUUAGAAGUCAGAGAUGGCCACUUGAAAGCGCAUCCUGCGCUCCUAGAAACCCUUGUCUUCUUUGUCGAGACUAUUUCUAUUACCCUUUGGGUGUCCAGUUACUGUGAGAGUGUCCUGAGACCAUACAAAUUAAAUUUGCAGAAGAAGAAAAGGAAGAAAAAAGAGACCAGCAUCAUCAUGGUAACAGCAGAAAAACACAACAGUCUGGAAGCCACUGCUUUUGCUUUUGAAGAAAGAAAAUUUUCAAAGACUGUGCAAGAGAAGGUGCAGAACAGUUACCUACACUCACUUCUGGAAAUUGGGGAGCUGCUGAAAAAAAGACUUGAGACUACAAAGAAAAUUAAAAUUUAAGAAAGUGUGAACCCUGAACGCUGAUGACGUCACGACAGAGAAUGACACCCUAUUUCCAGGCAGAAGCUACGUGUGGUUGACCGUUAUUUUAAUCCAGAACUUCCACAAAACAUGCAUGAAGGACCUUGAUCGUGAAUUAUUUUUUUUAUGUGUUAAAUACAUACAACUGAUUGAAUUAUUGUAUAUAAACCAGAAAACACGGCCCUCGUGGGGGUUUGACCACUGUUUAUAAAUGUUCAUGUGCAUAUGGCAGCCACAAGAGAACCCCACUUUUCUUCUACUCCCCCAUCACCAGAAACAUCUGGGGCAGGUGGCCCUAUAAACGCAGCAAUAGAAACUAAGCCUAAAGCAUCAGCCUCAGAGCUGCCAAAUGGCCUUUCCAGUCCAGCAGUGGGAGUUUUGGUCUGGCCCUCGAGCCUGAGGAACCCUAGUAGGAUGUAGAAUGGGGACCAUGCCUGGGAGCAGGCCCUCUUUCACCGCAAUAGCUUCCCUCACCGACUGGCACCCCUGAGCCCAAGGCAGGUGAGACUUUGUCAUAAGCCACUGAAGAGUGCCACCCAGAUGACCACAGGUGCUCAUUUUGUGGCUUUGAGAGUCCUGUAGCAAAGUUGUCCCCAUCUGAGCUCUUGUGUGGGUUACAUCAGGGAUAGGGCGCUAAGACGGGCUGUCUGAAGAGAAAUCAGUGCAGUCUGAGCUUCUGAGGACUAGCUUGCUGUCUUUCAUCUCCUUGUGAAAGAUGGGAAGUCGCUUUUAUAAAUGAGGUGUACAUAAUUUAUGCAGGCAGGCAUUUGGUUUCUUGAUUUCUGCAACUGAUUCAUGAGUUAUACAAGGAGGCUUCAAGAAGUGUGGGGAAGUUCUGUGACCUUCCAUUUCCAUUUUUCCACGAACUUUCUGAAGCCCCCUCAUGUAGGUAUAUUCAUACAUCUAUGUAUGUAUAUAUACUUGAAAAUGAAGACCUAGUACUUUAGUGUUCUUAAGUAAGGGGUCUGGGAAGGAAGGACCUUCCCGUUGGUAAAAGAAAUAUCAACCUAUGGGUUUGAGGUUCAGUCUACUUUCUUUAAACUUGAGAAGAAUACCAGGAUGGCAUUUACUUCAUUCACUUAGAGGUCGCCAAGACUUGUAUCAGAGGUUGUCUGAGCAGAUACAAAUUACGCUAGAAAAUGUUACACAGUUUAUGCAAAUGUUUUCAUGACUUUUAUGUUUGAAUCCUUCUGGUUUUUUUUUAUUCCCUUACCCCAAUUUUAGUUAGAGUGAUUGUGUAAGAACAAGGAAAUGAAUUUGGUGAGGAAACCCAAACACCUGAGGGAGGAAGGGCUGAUCUUGAAGACUUAGGAGUCUUCUCCGUGGUCCAGUGAAAUGCUGUUUUCCUUUGCACAUCAGCUUAAGAGUGCUUGGAAAUCUCUACGUAGAGCCAUUGCGUUUUGUGUCCUCAUCUUGUCCAUACUAGAGUAACAAUUGGAUAUGGUGAUUCAUAAUUGUUUAAACUUCUAAGGAAAUUUUUUUCAAUGUUCAAAAUAAGACUUGUUGGACAGCCUAGUUCAUCAAAUUAUUUUAAAAGUUUUGUUGUUAACUGGUAGCCACAGCUGUCACAUUCCUCAUUCCAAAGAGACAAACUGUCUGCAACAAGAUGAAUUGAAAAUUCAAACGGACUUUGAAUAGAAUUCAAUGGCAACAUAUCAUUCUAUUAUACAACGGUGGUCUGUUUAGGUGGAACGUGUGUGUGAUGUGUUCUUGAUAUGUUUCUUAGAAUACUCAAAAAAAAGUACUGUACAUACAAGUCUUCUCUGAGACAAGUCUAUCAGUUGACCAUGAUCAACCGAGCAUGUGUGUGCCUCGCUGGCUUUGGUCCCCAGGGACAGUGUGUGCGUGACUCCAGUGGUCUACCUAUCCAAUCUCCGGCCUUGUGGCAUCCGAGACCGACACAUGAUGCUACGUCCAGGUAUGCUUCUUUGGUUACUUGACGAUUUCCCACUCAAUGUAGCAUUUCAGUUAGAUCCAACUUCUUACAUUUUGAGAUGAUUGUAAAAAGAAUGAAAUUAUGCAGAAAUGGCCAAUAUCUUUUAUUGAUCUGUUCUUUUGGAAACUGUCAAGCACUAUAAAUUGUGUACAGUUUAAAAAAAAAGUAUAUAUAUAUAUAUAUUCUUACUUGAGUAAAAAUCACCCACUCUUAGCCAUUGUA